UUCGUUGCCAAGAGCAAGGGCGGCCAGGGGCCAGGGCGGUGGUGCGGCUGUGGCGUGGGGACGCACGGCCAGGCCUCAGCGCAGCAGCCCCUCCCCCCAUGGUGUCUCCACAACCCCUGGGCUUGUGAGCUGGAGAAAAGCUGGCCCUGAAGGAGGUGGACAAGUGGCAGAAGAAGGAGCUGUGACAGGAUGGAGCCCUCGGCCCACAGGAAAGCUGGCUCUGAGCAGGAGGAUGGCUUUGGGGUACAGCCUAGGAGGGUGACCGAUCUGAGCAUGGUCCCCAACCUCCGGCGGAGCAACAGCAGCCUGUGCAAGAGCAGGAGGCUGCAGUGCCCCUUUGGCAGCAGUGAGAAGCAAGAGCAUCUGAGUUCAUGGAUUCCUGAGAACAUCAGGAAGAAAGAAUGUGUGUAUUUUGUGGAAAGUUCCAAGUUAUCUGAUGCUGGGAAGGUGGUGUGUGAGUGUGGCUACACCCGUGAGCAGCACCUGGAGGAGGCCACCAAGCCUCAUGCCUUCCAGGGCAAGGAGUGGGACCCAAAGAAGCAUGUCCAGGAGAUGCCAACGGAUGCCUUCGGCGACAUCGUCUUUUCGGGCCUUGGCCAAAAAGUGGGAAAGUAUGUCCGAGUGUCCCAGGACACACCUUCCAGCAUGAUCUAUCAUCUCAUGACCCAGCACUGGGGCCUGGAUGUCCCCAACCUCCUCAUCUCAGUGACUGGUGGGGCUAAGAACUUCAACAUGAAGCUGAGGCUCAAAAGCAUCUUCCGAAGAGGUCUGGUCAAGGUGGCCCAGACCACAGGGGCCUGGAUCAUCACCGGGGGCUCCCACGCUGGCGUGAUGAAGCAGGUGGGGGAGGCAGUGCGUGACUUCAGCCUGAGCAGCAGCUACAAGGAUGGAGAGGUCAUCACCAUUGGCGUGGCCACGUGGGGCACCAUCCACAACCGGGAGGGGCUGGUACACCCUAAGGGUGGCUUCCCCGCUGAGUACGUCCUGGAUGAGGAAGGCCAAGGGAAUCUGACCUGCCUGGACAGUAACCACUCCCACUUCAUCCUGGUGGACGAUGGGACGCAUGGCCAGUAUGGCGUGGAGAUUCCUCUGCGAACUCAGCUGGAGAAGUUCAUAUCUGAACAGACAAAGGAAAGAGGAGGUGUGGCCAUCAAGAUUCCCAUUGUCUGUGUGGUGCUGGAGGGUGGCCCUGGUACACUGCACACCAUCUACAAUGCCGUCACCCAUGGCACGCCCUGCGUCAUCGUGGAGGGCUCAGGCCGUGUGGCUGAUGUCAUCGCGCAGGUGGCCAGCCUGCCAGUUUCUGACAUCACCAUUGGCCUGAUCCAGCAGAAGCUCAGCGAGCUAUUCCAGGAGCUGUUUGAGAACUUCACUGAGAGCAGGAUUGUGGAGUGGACCAAAAAGAUCCAAGACAUUGUCCGGAAGCGGCAGCUGCUGACCAUCUUCCGGGAAGGCAAGGAUGGUCAGCAGGAUGUGGAUGUGGCCAUCUUGCAGGCUUUGUUGAAAGCCUCGAGGAGCCAAGACCACUUUGGCCAAGAGAACUGGGAUCAUCAGCUGAAGCUGGCGGUGGCAUGGAAUCGUGUGGACAUUGCCCGCAGCGAGAUCUUUACUGAUGAGUGGCAGUGGAAGCCCUCAGAUCUGCACCCCACGAUGACAGCUGCACUCAUCUCCAACAAGCCGGAGUUCGUAAAGCUCUUCCUGGAGAAUGGGGUCCGGCUGAAAGAGCUUGUCACUUGGGACACACUCCUCUACCUGUACGAGAACCUGGAGCCCUCCUGCCUCUUCCACAGCAAGCUGCAGAAGGUGCUGGCUGAGGAGCCCCUGACUGGUGUGCCUGCUGCGCCCCGCCUGCAGAUGUACCACGUGGCACAGGUGCUGCGAGAGCUCCUGGGGGACUCCACACAGCCACUGUACCCCCGGCCCCGACACGGCGACCGACCUCGGCUUUCGCUGCCUGUGCCCCACAUCAAACUCAACAUGCAGGGAGUGAGCCUUCGGUCUCUCUACAAACGUUCAUCAGGCCACAUCACCUUCACCAUGGACCCAGUGCGAGACCUUCUCAUUUGGGCCAUUGUCCAGAACCGUCAGGAACUGGCAGGCAUCAUCUGGGCUCAGAGCCAGGACUGCAUUGCAGCUGCCCUGGCCUGCAGCAAGAUCCUGAAAGAGCUGUCCAAGGAGGAGGAGGAUACAGACAGCUCGGAGGAGAUGCUGGCCCUGGCAGAUGAGUACGAGCUCAGAGCCAUUGGGGUCUUCACCGAGUGCUAUCGAAAGGAUGAGGAGCGGGCUCAGAAGCUUCUCAUCCGCGUGUCUGAAGCCUGGGGGAAGACCACCUGCCUGCAGCUGGCUCUGGAUGCUAAGGACAUGAAGUUCGUGUCUCACGGGGGCAUCCAGGCCUUCCUGACCAAAGUAUGGUGGGGCCAGCUGUGUGUGGACAACGGGCUGUGGCGGGUCAUCCUGUGUAUGCUGGCCUUCCCACUGCUUCUCACGGGCCUUAUCUCCUUCAGGGAAAAGCGGCUGCAGGCCUUGAGUGGCCCAGCCCGCGCCCGUGCCUUCUUCAGUGCACCUGUGGUCGUCUUCCACCUGAACAUCCUGUCCUACUUCGCCUUUCUCUGCCUCUUUGCCUAUGUGCUCAUGGUGGACUUCCAGCCCACGCCAUCCUGGAGCGAGUGCCUCAUCUACCUCUGGCUCUUCUCCCUAGUGUGUGAGGAGACACGGCAGCUCUUCUAUGACCCUGAUGAGUGCGGGCUGAUGAAGAUGGCAUCCCUGUACUUCAGCGACUUCUGGAACAAGCUGGAUGUGGGGGCCAUCCUGCUCUUCAUUGUGGGGCUGACAUGCCGGCUCAUUCCGGCAACACUGUAUCCUGGGCGUGUCAUCCUUUCCCUGGACUUCAUCAUGUUCUGCCUCCGCCUGAUGCAUAUUUUUACUGUCAGCAAGACUUUGGGGCCCAAGAUAAUCAUUGUGAAGCGGAUGAUGAAGGAUGUCUUCUUCUUCCUUUUCCUCCUGGCUGUGUGGGUGGUGUCCUUCGGAGUGGCCAAGCAAGCCAUCCUUAUCCACAAUGAGAGCCGUGUGGACUGGAUCUUCCGAGGGGUCGUCUAUCACUCCUACCUCACCAUCUUUGGGCAGAUCCCAGCCUACAUUGAUGGCGUGAAUUUUGACCUGGCACACUGUAGUCCCAAUGGCACGGAUCCCUACAAGCCCAAGUGCCCCGAGAGUGACAUCACACAGCAGAAGCCCGCUUUCCCGGAGUGGCUCACAGUCAUCCUGCUCUGCCUCUAUCUGCUCUUCACCAACAUCCUGCUGCUCAACCUCCUCAUCGCUAUGUUCAACUACACAUUUCAGCAGGUGCAGGAGCACACAGACCAGAUCUGGAAGUUCCAACGCCAUGACUUGAUCGAGGAGUACCAUGGCCGGCCCCCAGCACCGCCCCCACUCAUCCUGCUCAGCCACCUGCAGCUGCUGGUCAAGAGGGUGGUCCUGAAGACCCCUGCCAAGAGGCACACGCAACUCAAGAACAAGCUGGAGAAGAAUGAGGAGGCAGCCCUGCUAUCCUGGGAGAUUUACCUGAAAGAGAACUACCUGCAUAAUCAGCAGUACCAGCACCACCAGCGGCCAGAGCAGAGGAUCCAGGACAUUAGUGAGAAGGUGGACAGCAUGGUGGAGCUGCUGGACAUGGACCGUCUGAAGAGGUCAGGUCCCACAGAGCAGAGGCUGGCAUCCCUGGAGGAACAGGUGGCCCAGGUGGCCAGGUCUUUGCACUGGAUUGUGAGGACCCUGAAGGACAGUAACUUUGGCUUGGCAUCAGGCAUGUCUGCCUUGGCACCAAAGGCUCCCGAUGAGCCAGAUGCUGAGCUGGCUGUCAAGAGGAAGGAGGAGGAGCCAGGUGAUGGCUACCAUGUAAAUGCUCGACAUCUCCUGUACCCCAGUUCUCCUGUCACCAGGUUUCCUGUGCCCAAUGAGAAGGUACCAUGGGAGAUGGAGUUCCUGAUCUACGAGCCUCCUUUCUACACAGCAGAGAGGAAGGAUACAGUUCUGGUGGACCCUGUGGGAGAGGACAGCGAGCCUCUGACCAAGAUCCAGUACAAUGCCCUGGAUGGACCAAUAGACCGCCGCAGCUUUCACGGGACCUAUGUGAUCCAGGAUGGGCUCCCACUGAACCCCAUGGGCCGCACAGGGCUGCGUGGACGCGGGAGCCUCAGUUGCUUUGGGCCCAACCACAUGCUGCACCCUGUGGUCACCCGGUGGAGGAGGAAUCAGGAUGGUGCCAUCUGCAGGAAAAGCAUAAAGAAGAUGCUGGAGGUGCUGGUGGUGAAGCGGCCUCUCUCGGAGCUGUGGGCCUUGCCAGGGGGCUCCCAGGAGCCAGGGGAGAUGCUGCCAAGGAAGCUGAAGCAGGUCUUGCUGCAAGAGGCCUGGCCAGAAAUGGAGGGUCUGCUGCAGCGGGGCUUGGAGGUGUACAAAGGUUAUGUGGAUGAUCCACGGAACACUGACAAUGCGUGGAUUGAGACGGUGGCCAUCAGCAUCCACUUUCCAGACCAGAAUGAUGUGGAGUUGAAGAGGCUUAACUCUCAUCUACAUGCAUGCGACCUAGGUGUGUCCAUCCGGUGGCAGGUGGUGGACAAGCGCAUCCCACUGUAUGAGAACCACAAGACCAUCCUGCAGAAGACAGCCAUUCUGUUUGGAGCCCACUACUGACCAUGACCUCUGCUGGGCCCCGGGGGACCUGUCUACUCUCUGAUCAGGGUGACACCUAUUGCCUGAAACAUGUGCUAUCCUGGACAUGUGCUGUGGCUCAGGGACCUGCCACCUCCUGAGGCCACCUGUGUCAGCUGGCACUUCUGGUAUCGGGAGGAUCCAGGCUCCUGCACAGCCUUGCAGUCCUCUCCUCCUCAGUCCUGAGGUCCUGAGUAGGGUGUCUACCCUGGAGCUUCCUGGAGAGCUGGGGGUCCUGUGGGGUCUCCAUGCCUGAGCCGUGAGGAUCUGGGGAGCUGCCCCUGACUUACCCUCAGGUGCUGGGGCCUGGCAUGGCCCCUGGCCUGGCUGGUGUGGGAACAUCUUGGGAGACCUGGCUCACUGCCCAGCUGUCAGGCUGCAGAAACACAGAUAGAGCGGCCAGCCCUGCCUAGAAGGGUGGGUGGGUGGGGUGGGGAGAUAGCAGGGACCCCUGAUCUGUAUAGGGUGACUCAUAGAAGCAGGAACCAUUGGGAGCUGUCAGACAGAAAUGAUGUAAAGCUGAGAUGUUAAAUCUUAUUAAUCUCAGGCUGGCCUGGCUGCUCCUCCAGCGCUGUCCACAAAUAAA